AUGUUCUUCCCAGGGUUAGAAUUUGACAUCCUGGCUGCCGCCGCCACUGCUCUUCCCCACAGUGCCCGCGACUCUUCCAACAGCGGCAGUGUUCAGAUCGUGAACAACUUCGAUACCGACAUCUACGUCUGGUCAACCUCCGCUGAGUCCGGUGCUAUGCAGACUAUCAACUCUGGAGGCGGCACCUACAGCGAGAACUGGCAGACCAACCCCAACGGCGGUGGUAUCUCCAUCAAGAUGUCCACCUCUGAGUCCCAAGACAGCGUUCUCCAGUUCGAGUACACUCUGGACUCUGACAAGCUGUUCUGGGAUCUUUCCUCCAUCAAUAUGGACUCUUCUUCCGAGUUCGUCAAGAAUGGCUUCGCCGCUAUUCCCAGUGACUCUAGCUGCUCUACUGCUACAUGUGAGGCCGGCGACUCCAACUGCGCCCAGUCUUACCAGCACCCGGAUGAUGUCAACACCCUUUCGUGCUCGACUGGUGCUCAGUACACUCUGACUCUGGGAUAA